AAGCUGGGAAGAAGGAUCGCAAAAAAGAAUGCUUUUAUUGCAAGAAAAUGAUCACUCAUAUCUCGACUCACCUCGAACGUCGUCAUACCAGUGAAGAGAAAGUGAAGGAGAUUCUGAGUCUGGAAAACGAGGUGCAGAAGAGUAAGAAGUUAACAAAACUUGGGAAUUUGGGAGAUCAUCUUCACAAUAUAAAGGUUUUGCGAACCAAACAAGGAGAAUUAAGAGUUCAGAGACAGAAAGGGGUAAUCAACCCUGAUGACUAUGUUACCUGUCCUCUUUGUAAUCGCUGGUUUAUUCGCCAUUUUUUAAGUAAACACGGUAAAAAAUGUGCUUGCAAACUAGACCCCUCUCAAGAUAUCUCAAUAAAACAAGCUAUCCAUAUGAGAUUUGAAAAAUCUGAACUCUCUCCGACCAGUAUCCUAGUGCUUAGCGGACUCACUGAUGGUCCAAUUUCGUCAGCAAUUAAAGGCGACUCAACCUUAAUUGAUUUUGUCAAUUGCAGAGCAGAGUUCAUCCAUGACACAAAAGAUUCUAAGAAGAUUCAAAGUCUACGUCACAAUAUGCGGCUUUUGGGAAGACUUCUGAAUCAAGCUCAAGAAAGACGUCCUGGGACCUCUAUGAUGUCCCUUCUUUUGGAAUGGGAGUUCGAUGAACUUGUAGAGGUGGUCAAUCUAAUCCCAGUAAAAGAAGGAUCAACUGGAUCGACCCGUUUAAACCUAGGAUAUCAGCUUAAAGCAGUUCUUAAAAGAUUGGAGGAAAAUGCAGCUGAUAUGCCGGAUUCCCAAAGUAAAACUGUGCUCGAAAAGAAACUUGGAUAUCUCAACACCAAAAUGCAGUCGCAAUGGUCGAGACAGGUAACUCGCCUGUCCUGCAUACUAGGAGUGAAUUAGGCAGAAACAAGAAGAACAACCUUGUCAAAUCUUCAGAUGUGAAGAAGGUUUACCUAUAUACCUGCCGCAAGCUUACGGAAGCGAAAGAAGAAUUAGCCUCAGACCAAAAGUCCGUUGUGAAGUACAGAGCUCUCAUGAAAUACAUCUAUGCGUGGAUAGUGACAUUCAAC